GGAUCUGUGUACACCGGGGCGCACUCAUUGGGUCAAUAUUUCUUUUAGCUCGUUAUUUAGACACUAAGCAGAUAAACUAGAAAUAGGACGUGCAUUCAUGUGAUUCCAGUCUCUGGUAAUCCACAAAUUUGAGGCUCAGUAGUUACCUAUCUUACGCUAGGCAACGCUCAUUUGACUGAACCCUGUCCACUGGAGAGCUCCGAGUUGGCUGGAAGCUUCCACAAGCCGGAAGAGCACAUCCAGCGAGGAGGGGAUGGAGAUAGACUGCCAGCCCGAGGAAUCCAUCGUCUCUUCAUUUGAUGAGGACUGCGUUGUGCUUGGUGACGUUAAGGACAUGAUGUUGGAGGCAGAAGCAGUGGUCAAUGACGUACUUUUUGCCGUUGCUGAAAUGCAUGUUUCCCAAAGUCUCAACGGCGUGUCCGAUGUCGCCUACAUAAACGUUGAAACAAGAGAGGGAAACCGGUAUUGUCUGGAGCUCACAGAGGCAGGGCUAAGGGUGGUGGGCUAUGCCUUCGAUCAAGUGGACGAGGAUUUGAACACCCAGUAUCAUGAGACUGUUUACUCUCUUCUGGACAAGCUGAGUCCAGGUUACAGAGAAGCCUUUGGGAAUGCUUUGCUCCAUCGUCUGGAGAGGCUGAAGCAAAACUGACAAGAGUGACCAAGAAGCUGCAUAAGUUGACAAGUGGAAUAGAGGUUGAUGCUGUUGGUGUAUUUGGCUAUAUGCCGAUAAGAACCCAGUCUGGUCAAAUAUUAUAGCCUCUUUUGGAUGUCCACCUGCCUAGCUACCACUGCAAUAAGGGGUAUCCUGCCCUAUCAAAUGCUUUAUCAUUGAAUUACUUCAUGUUAGUUACUGCUAGGGAUUGGCUGGACGGGGGCUGUUGCAACAUUGUGUUGACUUUAUUGGGGAAAGAUCUUCCAGCUUACAUGUGAUACAAAUUUGGAACUGCGUACAUUGAAAAUUCUGCACAUUUUUUGUACUCAAAAAUAAUCCGAGAAAGAGGCAAGUUAUAGAGAUCUUGAUCAAGUCCCCCCCCCCGCUUGCACUACAGCUGAUGACCAGCAUAUGCUCAAAUACACCCAACUAGUUUUUAUUCAGCAAGUGUCUGAAAGAACCAAAGCUGUAUUCUUUCAACUCAUACUGCCUUAAUAAAUUCACUUUUGGUUAGGAAAGUACAAAUGAACUCAAACUUCAUUUGUCUGAAUGUGAGAGAUUUGCAUUGAUGUGAGAGAAGGUAUUUUGUGGGGCUGACAUUUCACAUGGAACUUGUUUGAAAAGUUAAAUUAGCUAGCACUGUAUACAAUACCAAUUGUCAAGUUAUUGUGAUUAAAUAUUACUUCUCGAUCCUGCAUUGAAACUCAAGCUUGGGUUUCAAACUUUUACUGUAGAGCUGCUUUAAAAUCCCGGUUUAUUGUACAUGUGACCUGGUUCCUACAUCAGUUAUAAAAUCUAUUUUAAGAAAACUCUUUUGGAAUCAUACUGUAAUUCCUUUCUGCUGGCCUUCGCUCAGACCAAUAAAUUCUCAGAAU